ACUGAACUUUGUUUGCAGCAAUACCUAGCAAUAUCAAUAGCAAAAUCGUAACAGAACAACAUGUUUUUCAAGGUACUUUGCGUGCUAUCUAUCGCCGUCGCGGUGGUCUCCGCUCACGGCUACUCCUCCCAGUACGUGCACAAGUACGACGGUCACCACGAGCCAGUGCACCACGGACAUGAUCACCACGACUACUACACUCACCCCAAGUACGAGUUCGAGUACAAGGUGGAGGACUCUCACACGGGCGACCACAAGUCGCAGCACGAGCACCGCGACGGUGACGUCGUCAAGGGACACUACUCGCUGCAUCAGCCCGACGGCUCCGUCAGGGACGUCCACUACCACGGCGACCACCACACCGGCUUCCAUGCCGACGUAAAGUUCAGCACUCACCACGAGGUCCCUCAUCAUCAUGUUUGUCUAGUCAUCGCUCUCGUAGCCGCAGUGAGCGCGCGGCCACAACACGGUCACGACUACCAGCACGGUCACGGUCACGCUGUGUCAUCGCAGAGCAUCGUACUGCACCAAACUCACGAGAGCAAGCUCGAGCCCGUACACCACGAGGAACAUCAUGAGGAGCAGCACGAGCAGCACCAGGAGGAGCAUCACCACGGACACCACGAGGAACACCACGGCCACGCCUCUUCCUCACAGAGCAUCAAGCAGCACCACGGCAAAGCCACUGAGAAACACGUCGAGUACUAUUCUCACCCUAAGUAUGAGUUCGCGUACAAAGUGGUGGACCCUCACACCGGCGACAAGAAAUCUCAGCACGAGUCUCGUGACGGUCACGUCGUGAAGGGCGUGUACAGUCUGCAUCAACCCGACGGCACCGUCAGGAUCGUCGAGUACCAUGCUGACAAGAAGACUGGGAUUGCUUUGCUCAAUAUCUCUUCUGCCUUUACAGAUUCAACGCCAACGUUAAGAUCGAGGGUCAUGCCGUGCACAUUGUUCCUGAACACCAUCACCACCACUGAUUCUGUACUUUGUGUGCUGUCUAUCGCCGUCGCGGUGGUAUCCGCGCACGGAUACUCAUCUCAAUACGUCCACAAGUACGACGGUCACCACGAGCCAGUGCAUCACGGACAUGAUCACCACGACUACUACACUCACCCCAAGUACGAGUUCGAGUACAAGGUGGAGGACUCUCACACGGGCGACCACAAGUCGCAGCACGAGCACCGCGACGGUGACGUCGUCAAGGGACACUACUCGCUGCAUCAGCCCGACGGCUCCGUCAGAGACGUCCACUACCACGGCGACCACCACACCGGAUUCCACGCGGACGUGAAGUACAGCACACACCACAUCGUGCCUCAUCAUCAUUACUGAAGGAUCUUUCUCUAAUUCCGUAGACUGAAACAGAUACUUUGAUAACUGAUGAGAUAACUUC